GACAGCUCCUCGCACAUUUUCUGCAGCCUAAUACGUCAUUAAUCGAUUUGCUCAAACCCAACUGCCCAUGUUGACACAUUGCUCUGAAUGAUCAGCCUCACCUGGCGCACUGAAGAGAAGGAUGUCAGCGUUACUUAAGCUAAAAUCGAAAAAGUCAGCGACCAUCUUACGCGCAGUUCCAGAGAGUACUAAAGACGAUGCGGCUCUCCCCUUUCACAAUCACAACACAGCGACCCAGGAUCGCAGAGACGCCAACGACGGCAACCGACCGUCGUCAGCAGGUUUGACCGUACCGUUGCCUUCAAGAUCAACAUCUAUCUGGGGUAGGAGACGGAAGAGCACUGCUUCGGUAGCAGUCGCGACGGGAGCCAGUAAUACUGCAGAUGGACUGUCGGCAUCAAGCCACGCAUCGCUUACAGGCACCAUCGGCACUUAUAAGCACGGCAAAAUCCAAUGGCGAAAGAAGAGUCGCAAAACGACCACUAAGCACAAGAAGAACAUUCCGAGCGGGAACAGACAUCCGGCUGCGAAGCCUAAGAUACAAGUAGUAAUCCCUUGUGGAAAGCCACUGCCCGCUCUUCCAUUACUCGAAACGAACCCUACCGAUCUCGGAAGCUACCACGAGGUCUCGCCUCCGUCAGCAAGCCACCAUCGCAUGCGGGAUUCCAUUGUAUCUCCACUUACACAUCCGCAAACACAGCCCACAAUCAGCCAAAUUGCCCCCGUAAACACGCGACACACACCGAAGCAACUCAAGAGUAGCUUCGAGUCAAGCAGUUCGUGUAAUGAAUCGCAAGAUAGCGAUGCUUCAUCACUGCACAGCAACCACUCUUCAGAGACUAGCGUGGAGGUCGAUAAAUCUCCGACACAAGGAAGCACUUGCCAGCCUAGAGGUACUCUACAUGCUCGCUCUGAGUUCACCCUAUCUUUCAACGGGAGCCAAUCCCAUGCUCCACCGUCGAUACCGCCCCGAAAAUACGUCCACCCGUCCUCUAGCGAUGAAAAUCUCCCUUUCCGACCAACCUGUGCUCUCCAUGUAUCUCAGCGCAAGCCACGAUUGAACCGGAAGUCCUCAAAGCGGAGCGGUCCGCGGCAGAACUUAGCCGAGGACGCAAGUAUGGGCAUGAUCAACGACGCGAUAGCCUCCGGAUCUGAAGCGUUUCCAAUCUAUCCACGUGCAUCUAGCCCUACGUUGAGCGAGGCUGAGUUCGACCUGCACGUGCAAUUGGCUUCUUCGUUUGACAGCAACAGCGAUCCUCGCAUGCCUGCCCAGGAUGGGACGCCCCUUGCAGAAUGCAACCCUCCCUGGACAGGCAUGCGUCAGGCGUCAGCUGGAGACGGGAAGCUUAUUGAUAUCACAGGCCAGCCCCGAAAAGAUUUCGCUAAUGUCGUACUACCUGAUAUUGCUCCUCCGGCUGUCCCUCGUAAGUCCAGCAGGCGGCGAUUGGCAGCCAGGACGACUGUUGAAGUCAACCGUCUACCGCGAGAUCAUAUCGCUUCACAGCUGAAGCGAAAAUCCUUUCGGACGAGCAGAACAUUGACACUUAUGAUUCCGCAGUACAAGCGUUCCAGUGUGGAUCUGGUGUUCUCUCCGCGAGCAGUUUCUGCCAAAACCACCAAACCGCCGAUCACGUCUGACGGAGCUGAGAAGGUCAUACUCAACAUCUUCCAGCAUCUAGAUCACUUCAACGAUCUUUUCGCCGCGGCCUCUAUCAACCGAGGCUUCUAUCGUGUGUUCAAACGGCAUGAACUUGAUCUCAUCAAAUCUACCCUGCGGAAGAUGUCACCACCAGCCUGGGAGUUUAGAGAGAUCGCCUUUCCUGGACAUGAACUUCUGCUUGCAGCAGACCUUGAGACCACACGACCUGCAGAGGAAUACAGCCCCACGUCGUAUCUCAAGCUCCAGAAGCGAGACAUUCAAGUCAUCCGCACAAUCAAGUUAGAGAUUAUGGAGAAAUGCCAGUCCUUCGUACGACCGGAGAUAUCAGCUGCGCUCAUGAGCGCCUGUCCAGCUGAGUCUGCUAGAGUUGACGACGCAUUAUGGCGCAUAUGGACAUUUUGUAAGCUAUUUGGCUCGGGCAAAGGGCGUGAGGAGGAUAUUGUUGCGCAGAUGGACUGGCUCAAUGGUGGUAUGCUAGUCCAUCAGGCGACCUGUACCUUCAGCAUGAUGAGCACAGACCUCAUGAGCGAUACAUUGGUCGGUGCACCUGAGUGCUUCGGGCAAGGGAAUGAAGGCGGCCUUACCGCCGAGCAACUCUUUGACAUGAUGGAGUUAUGGACCUGUCUUUCUGUCCUGCUACAAAACUUCGAAGGGCGCACUGUUCAAGCCCGACAAGCUGGUAUCUACGACAACACUGACAUUCGUGGUGGCGAUAUUGACGGCGAGGAGAUGAUGCUUGACGAAUGGAUCUACCACCUCCUCACCUUUGGCCUUGACACUGUUCUCAAGCUCACUGGCCCGUUUCACCCCUCGGAUCCCAAAGCCUUUGUUAUCGCGGCGGAGAACGGAUGGGUCAACUGGAAGCCUCCUGUGCUUGACGGUACACGGCAAUACUUCCUCAAAGAAGCAGCCCGACGCGUCUACGAAGACAAGAUUGCGCAUACAUAUGCUAAGAUCUCAAUCCGCGACGUGCAGCGCCAGCAGUCCAAGAUACGUAUCCAGAAACAUAUUGACGAACUGAAGGAUCGCAAAAAGAGUGGUGAGCAACCACCAAUGGUUCUCAUGUCUCAAGAAAGACCCAUGUCAGACUGGGAUACUGUGAUUCGAAACUUGACACGCCCUCCACUACCAUCACAAGGCCCGGGAAAGGACAUCAUCACUCAUGUCCCGGCACUGAGAUCAUCUUCCGUAGAGGACAUGUCGACAUCUGUGGCUCUUCCUAGAUCAAGGUCGACAUCCAGCAGAACAGCUUCACUGCCUCGGCGAACUGUGGCUCAGCCUCUGCUUCCAUCACCGCCCCCCUCCACAGUACCCAGUAACUAUGACCGACAUAGCAUUUCUUCGAUCCUAGGACGUAUCAGGGAACGAACACCCUCACCGCCACGUCGAACCGUUGCUCAGCCCCUUCUACCAUCUCCCUCAGUCACAACAGUCCAGAGCAACCGCGAUCUAUACACCAUGGGCAGCGUAUCAAGCGCAAGCUCUCCACCCCGCCGCAUGUUCGCUCAGCCGCUUCUGCCGACACCCUCCGCUUCCACAGCGACAAACAGCCGUGAUUGGCAUCGCUACAGCACAGGCACAUCUAUGCCUUCUAUCCUCGAGGAUCCAUUACACCAUCCUCUGUCAGAACCACCCGGACCGCCUCACCCCGCAUUCCGCCCUCAUCCCAUGUCCAUACCUUACCGUGGCCGCCACAUGCGUCAGAGUAGCAGCCAGUCAUCUGCCGGAAGCUCCACUCCCAGAAGUGGAGCCCUUCAACAGCACGAACAACAACACCACAUCUAUGGAUCUCUGAGUCAUGAGAACACUGCCGAUAAGGCCAUAUGGCGGAUUGUCGAGAUGGGAUUCACAGCCGAGCAAGCCCGAGAGGCGCUAAGGUUAACGGAUCUAGGAGACGGAUUGAGGGUCGACCGAGCGGUGGAAUUGCUGCUUAGUCGGCAGACGUGAGCAUCGCUGGUGUUCGCAGUCGGAAGGAUUCCGCUCGAGACAAAUAAUUUCCUUUUGUGGUAGGCGUUGCGAUUUUGUCUUUCGUUACAGCGUGUGCAAGAUACCCCAUCCUUUCGUUCAGAUCUUCUAUCAUCAACAGUCUACAGUCGUUCAAUGUAUACUUUUACUUU